AUGUACAUCUCGCUAGAGAUGAAAAAGAAAUUCGGUUUUGUAGAUGGGUCGAUCAAGAAAUCAGAUUCUGAAGAUCCCAAUUUUUUGGCAUGGAAACGAUGCAAUACCUUGAUCAUCUCGUGGUUCUAUCAUUCAAUUUCUCCAGAAAUCGUUUCUAGUAUCCUUUGGUUAGAUGAUGCUUUCUCCAUUUGGCAAGAACUCCGCAAUCGGUUUUCACAAGGUGAUUUCGUUCGUAUUUCUCAACUUACUUAUGACCUUUCUUCCCUCAAACAAGGAGAUUCCUCUAUAACAACAUAUUUCACAACCUUAAAGAAACUCUCAGAUGAACUUUACAAUUUUCGUCCCAUCCCUUCAUGCAAAUAUUCUUUCAAUGGUUGUUGCAAUACUUUCUCUACUGUAACGACAUAUCGCGAGCAUGAUUUGAUUCUCUAUUUUCUUCAAGGCCUCAAUGAAACAUACACCGCCGUUCGCUCACAGAUUUUUCUUCUUGAUCCUCUUCCUUCCCUCACAAAGAUUUACUCUAUGAUUCUCCAACAAGAACAACAACUUCACAUUGGUCUUCUUCUCGAACCCACUGUUAUGAUUGUCAAUUCGUCAGUUAAACCCUAUGAGAAUAGGUCAAAACCCAAUUUCAAAUCCACUGGUGGAAAACCUCCAAAUUCUAGGUUAUGCAUACAUUGUAAGAAAACCAACCACACCAUUGAUAAAUGUUAUUUUCUUCAUGGUUUUCCUCCUGGUUACCAAACCAAGAAAGUUGUUCACAGUGUUGAGACCAAUCCUUAA